AUUUUACUUUAAAGUUGAUAACUUUUGUGAUUCUUUAAUUUUUGGGGUGAUUUUUUUUUUUUCAGAUUUUACAAGCGCAUGUCUUUAGUCUUUUGGUAUUUUGUUUUGUACAAUUAAUCUUCUUUUACAUACUUAUGAUUUGUUUAUGUAUUUUUAAUAUUUUCUUGUUCCUAAACAUACUGUAACAUACCAUAUUUGUCGUAUAUAUAAAAUAUAUUGUUGUUUUUUCCUUUUUUAGCCAUUCACGUAGUUGAUAUUUUAGCAUUUGAUGGAGAAGAUUGUGCAACCUUUACUUGUGUCUACAAUCUCAAAGGUAAUGUAGAUGUACAAAGGUGGUUUAAAAGAACAUCUGAAGGAAAGAAAGUGAUCUUUGACUCUGAAAAAACCAAAAGGGAAACUGUAGGGCAAGGACAGAAGUAUGAAGCUGAUUUUGAUCAAAAGUUUGCUCGGUUGAAAAUAAAUCAAGUGACAGUGGCUGAUGCUGGUGUUUAUACCUGUGAGGUAGUUUCAAAGAAAAAAAUGACUUCAAACAUAUGGCAGACAUCUGCAACUCUUGUUGUGCCAUUGGACGUGUUUGGUUCAGGUCUAGUACAUGAUGAUCAAUGUGCUUACAGACAUCCUGCUAUAGUUUUCUUAGCGAACAAGCUUUUCAUUGUAUUUUGUGAAAAGCAAGUUGAUGACAGCUAUACAAUAGGACUGUCACGUAGAGGAAGAUUGAUGGAAUACAAUAGAGUUGAAUGGGAAGAUCAACAACCGAUAUUAAAAAAGACUGAUACAAGAUUUCAGAACUUGGUUCCAAUUGUUGUGGAUGAGAAAAAAGGUGAAAUCAUUCUAUUAUGUGUUGAAUGCACAGCUCCGCAGGGUGGUGUUAAAUUAAUUCAACUAAAGAGUUCAAGUGGAGAAACUUGGAGUGAUCCAAUCGAUGUCCAUUUAAAAUGGCCUGAAAAUAUGCAAGAAAGUGCACAGCUGUGUUGUAUUGGUCCAGGACAUGGUCUGUGCUUGCAGUCAGGAAAAUUAGCUGUUGCUGGUUACAUCAAGUUUAGUGAGCAGGUUCAGCUUUGUGUGUUAACAAGUGACAUUAGUGGUGGCACCUGGGAAGUUGUACCAAUAUCCUGCAGUCCAGGUAAUGCUGUUUUUGGAGGCCAUGCACAGCUUGUUGAAUAUGCAAAGGACAAAGUUUGCAUCACAUGUUCAUUGAAAGACUGCAAGCAACGCUUUAAUGUGUUCAGCAGUGAUGGAUGCAAAACCUUCCACAAUGGCAAGUUGAAACCUAAAUUGAUAGAAGCUAACCCAGGAUGCCAGGCUGGCAUUAUAAGCAUUCCCUCAGAAAGGAAAAAAGGAUUAAGCUUGAUAGCCUUCACAAACCCAGCACAUGAGUCAAGAUUUGAAAAACUUUCUCUUCGAUUGAGCGAAGACGGUGGUGAAACAUGGACAGAUCCAUGUCCUCCCUUAAUUGGAAGAAGUUCUGCUGCAUGUAGUGAUCUAGCCUACUACAAAGGAAAAGAUGACAGAGGAUUAGCCUGUGUGUAUGAGAAUAUUAACAUUACAGAGGGUAAAAAAAAAAAUGAUUAUUGCAUUUUAAUGCAGUUGAUUUCUCUUGAUGAAAUUAUGCAUAAGAAAGGCAAGUGAAUUUCUGAAAGGUUAGGUAGAGUGUAUUUCAUGCAGUCUCUGAACCUCUUACUCAGGAGUUAGAGCAAAUGCUGACCAUUCUCAGUUUCAUGCAUAGAAACCCAGGCUUGCACUGUUGACAGACUGUGAAAUGGUUCAUGCUGUGUUUCAGCACAUGUGCGAGUAUUUCAAAGCUUAUACAAAGAAAUACUAGACAAUAAAAAUAUUAUUUAUACUUUGUGGCAACUUAUCAAUAUUGCUAACUUAGGUCAUCUAGAAGACAAUUUUUUUUGUAAUAUCUAGUAAGAAACAGAGUACUUAAUUACUCAGGAUGUUUUGAUUUAGGUUAGAAAGUUCAUGCACAACUUCAACCACAACCUCGUCUACCCUAAAGACAAGAUUGAAAAAAUCGAUACAUGUGGUGUAGUCUAUGAAGCUACAUGUUAAUACUGUUUACAAGUUUAUUUCAGGGACAAAAGGAGGGCAUUAAAAACACUCAUCAAUAAUCAUAAAAGAUGCUAAAACAAAAACAGGGGGAGUAUGACAAGGGCUUUCAGAGCAAUGUCAUCAUCAAUGAUACAAAAAUCUGUUAUUGCGGACCACUCUAUACAACACAAUCAUGCACCAAACUGGAGAGCAAAAUAACUUGCAAUUAAAAGGAAACAAACUCAAAGAGAGACAGAUCAUGGAGUCAUUAUACGUAAGAAGAAACAAAGAUAAAACCAUGAAUAAGGAACAAGGAUCAAGGUGCGCAUGAACUUUCUAACCUAUACAAUGAUUUAAUAACAUCCUCUCCAGGCUGGGCCCCGUACAACCUACAACUGGAAGGGGCAUACGAUGUCAUCAGCAGAUGACGUUAUGACCAGGAUGCAAUUCCAUCUAGCAUUCAGUUGAUAAAGAUCUCUAUUAAAGAUUGAAAUGCCCUGAGUAAGUACUGGCUUUUACAAAGAAAGCAAAUGUCAUCUAUACAAUAACAUAUCUAAAUCUAUUAAUUAAAUAUACAAAAAAUAAAUAAAGAUUAUGGCAAAUUAAGAAAAAUUAUGAAAAAGAUGGAUUUUUAUGCUUAUAAGCCAUAAUAUACUGGAUUGAGGUGUGUGCGUGGCAUUCACUCACACAUGGUUGCAAGAAUGACAGAUUAAUGGUUUUUUUGAGAUAUAUUUGAUAGAUUUCUUUUUCUAUAUAAAAUAUGAACCUUCAGAACUACCAAGUUUCCUUACCAUAGAUUCAAGUUCACUGGAUAAAUUGGUCUAGCAGUGAAAAUGAAUCAGGAAAGUUGUUUUAAUUGAUGAGGGGAUGUUUUACCAUCAUGGUAAUGAAUCUAGAUUUACCGGUAGAUAAUUAUUCUAUAGAGUACUACAGUGUUACGUCACAAUACCAUGUGAUACUACUCUGUUGCUAUCGUUGCAAAAUGUGUUCAGCCGGACGCCAUUUUCUCCACUGACAAACCAUUGAUUCC